CUUUUACGCAGAGCAGCAACAUUGCAUGAGCCUCAAGUGCGUUUUUAAUAUCCGAAGUUGUGUCAAGCGGGCGAUGAUUCGCAUCUGAUUGUUGUUCAACUGUUCGGGGAAGACUGCAGACGGGCUGAAACACUGCAUUGUGGCAAAAAGAGACGCUGAUUCCUGCCUGCAAGGACUGCACGAUCCAUUCUCCCCCUCAAAAUGUCAUCUCAGGCGAAAGUCAAGAAGGACAAAGAGAUUAUUGCCGAAUAUGAGACCCAAGUGAAAGAGAUCCGAAACCAGCUGGUGGAGCAGUUCCGUUGUUUGGAGCAGCAGUCUGAAUCCCGACUACAGCUGCUGCAGGACCUACAAGAGUUCUUCCGUCGAAAGGCCGAGUUACAGCUUGAGUACUCCAGGAGUCUGGACAAACUGGCAGAGCGCUACUCCGCCAAGAUCCGCACCUCCAGAGAGCACCAGCACUUCAAAAAGGACCAAAAUCUCCUGUCCACUGUGAACUGCUGGUAUUUGGUCUUGGACCAGACCAGGCGGGAGAGCAGAGACCAUGCCACUCUCAGUGACAUCUACAACAACAACGUCAUUGUCCGUCUGGCGCAUGUGGGCGAGGAUGUCAUCAGACUUUUCAAAAAGAGCAAAGAAAUUGGGGUGCAGAUGCACGAGGAGUUAGUGAAAGUCACCAAUGAGCUCUACACAGUGAUGAAGACAUACCACAUGUACCAUACUGAAAGUAUCAGUGCUGAGAGCAAGCUGAAGGAGGCGGAGAAACAGGAGGAAAAGCACAUUGGCAAGGCCAAUGACAUUAGUACCAGCCUGCUGCGUUACGGUCAUGAUGAACGUCCGCAGAGACGGAGCUCUGUCAAGAAGAUGGAGAAAAUGAAGGAGAAGAGACAAGCCAAGUACUCUGAAAACAAGCUCAAAUGCACAAAGGCCCGGAAUGACUAUCUUCUCAAUUUGACAGCCACCAACGCCCUGGUGGCCAAAUACUACAUCCAUGAUGUCUCAGAUAUGAUAGAUUGUUGUGACUUAGGAUACCAUGCUAGCCUGGCACGCACCAUGAGAACCUACCUGUCUGCAGAGUAUAGUCUAGAGACUUCUCGCCAUGAGGGUUUGGACUUGCUGGAGGGAGCAGUUGAUUCCAUGGACAUUAGAGGAGACAAGCUGAAGUUUAUGGACAUGCACUGCCAGAUUUUCUGCCCUCCAGCACGCUUUGACUAUCAGCCACACAUGGGUGAUGAGGUGUGUCAGGUGAGUGCACAGCAGCCUGUCCAGACUGAGCUUUUGAUGCGCUACCACCAGCUACAGUCUCGCCUGGCCACGCUGAAGAUAGAAAACGAAGAGGUGAGGAAGACUUUAGAUGCCACCAUGCAGACCCUUCAGGACAUGCUUACAGUGGAGGACUUUGAUGUUUCAGAGGCCUUCCAGCACAGCCAAUCCACAGAAUCAGUCAAAUCAGCUUCCUCUGACUCCUACAUGAGCAAGGCAAACAUUGCUAAGAGACGAGCCAAUCAGCAAGAGACUGAGGGCUUCUACUUCACUAAAUACAAGGAGUAUCUGAAUGGCAGUAAUCUUAUUGUCAAACUUCAGGCCAAGCAUGACCUUCUGAAGCAGACACUAGGAGAAGGGGAGAGGGCUGAAUAUGGAACAACAAGGCCCCCCACUCUUCCCCCUAAACCUCAGAGAAUGCGGAAGUCUAGACCUCGCUCCAUUUUUAACCGUAAGCUGUUUAACGGCAAUAUGGAGGCCUUCAUCCAGGACUCAGGUCAGCCUAUACCAGUGGUGGUUGAGAGUUGCAUUCGAUACAUCAAUCUGUAUGGUCUUCAGCAACAAGGUAUAUUUCGAGUUCCAGGAUCCCAGGUCGAAGUCAACGAUAUUAAAAAUGCAUUUGAAAGAGGAGAGGAUCCACUUGUGGAUGAUCAGUCUGAUCAUGACAUCAACUCUGUGGCAGGCGUUCUUAAGCUCUACUUCAGGGGGCUGGAAAACCCACUGUUCCCUAAAGAGCGUUUCCUCGACCUCAUAUCCACUACUAAGCUCGACUUAGGCACAGAAAGAUCUCAUCACCUCCAGCAGAUAACUGUGACUCUUCAGCGGCCUGUGAUCAUCGUCAUGAGAUACCUGUUUGCCUUUCUGAAUCACCUUUCCCAGUACAGUGAUGAGAACAUGAUGGACCCCUACAACCUGGCUAUCUGCUUUGGCCCCACAUUAAUGCCCAUACCAGAUGAGCAGGAUCCUGUGGCCUGUCAGGCGCAUGUUAAUGAGGUCAUUAAGACUAUUAUCAUCCACCAUGAGGUCAUCUUCCCAAGCCAGCGUGAGUUAGAGGGACCUGUGUAUGAGAAGUGCAUGGCUGGAGGAGAGGAUUACUGUGAAAGUCCCCACAGUGAGCCUGGUGUGCUUGAUGAGAUAGACAAUGGUACCGGACCCAACACUAGUGAUGAAGAGUUGGAGCAGAUAGAGGCCAUCGCAAAGUUUGACUAUGUUGGCCGAACUCCGAGAGAGCUUUCCUUUAAGAAAGGGGCCUCUCUGUUACUCUACCUGCGGGCCUCUGAGGACUGGUGGGAGGGCCGACAUAAUGGUGUGGAUGGGCUGAUCCCACAUCAGUACAUUGUGGUACAAGACAUGGAUGAUGCAUUUUCAGAUAGCAUUCAGAGGACUGACAGUGAGGCCAGCAGUGGACCACACCAUGAUGACCGAGCACAUUCCAGGAAUGAUCGCCAGUCUCCUUGCGAACACACACCUGAGCACCGCUUUGGACCAGCAAUAGGAAGGGUGAGAGUGCGAUCAGAUGGAGCUGCAGUUCCAAGGCACAGGAACGGUGAUGGUCACAGCCCCACCAGAGCUUCAGACCAGCCCCCUAGAGUGAUGCCUCGGCCCUGCAGCCCACAUAAAAUAAUUGUUAACAGGGGUUCAGCAGAGAGUCCAGAGAAACGGCAUCUUGCCACAUUUGGCAGUGCUGGCUGCAUCAACCACCCUGACAGAAAGGCCUUCGCCGACAGCCACUCUCAACGAUCCUCACCCAUCACCACCCGACAUGCAAGUUUAGGAGACCAUAAAGCCCUGGAGGCUGAGGCACUUGCUGAGGACAUAGAAAAAACAAUGAAUACAGCCCUCCAUGAGCUGCGUGAGCUGGAGCGACAGAAUGUAGCCAAACAUGCCCCUGAUGUUGUUCUGGACACACUGGAGCCUCUAAAACACCCCGGUGGAGCCCAGGACCUGCCAAGGAGCCCUCUACACACCAUGGUGAUCAGGGAUCCAGAUGCAGCCCAGCGACGCAGCAGCAGCAGCUCCUCCUCUGAGACCAUGACCACUUUUAAACCAGCUCUGUCAGCCCGUAGGCCGAAUGCACCUCUCAGGCCCCCACCUGUCAGACCUGUCCGGCCUGCUCCUGUGAUUGGACAGGGCCAGGGACCACACCGCUCCAGCAGCUCUAGUUCCUCUGGUCUUGGUAGCCCAGGCAUCACCCCUACUGACAGGGUCUUUCCCAAAGCACCCUCCCCAUCACCAUCCACCUCCUCCUCAUCCUCAGACAAACAAGGUAACAUGUAGCGCCAGUCAAUCACAGAUCGAGUGGUUGAAGAACACUAUGGAUACAGAGUGACUGUGAUUAUCAUCACACCCCUACACCUCUUUUUGCCAGCAGGGCAGACAUCGACACCUGGUCUGUAUGAUGAAUAUUUAUAAUUAAUCUCGUAAUAGGGCAGCUUCUGCUGGUUUUUGACAACUCUCUGCCCACACAUUGACUUGUUGCUGAAGAAGUCAAUGUUCUGUUACAAAAUAUUACACAGACAUAGGAUUUAAAUUCAUACAAAAUCAUUUUAUAGAAUGCAACCAUGCUGGAUAGCCAUGCUGGAUAGAAAAAGGGAUGCACUGGAAAAUACUUAACUGUUUACUGAAAUCUGAAAAUGAAACUCUGAAUCUCUAUUAAAUGUCAUUAGG